AUGGCCACCAAUGGAACCUCAAUGGCAUCCCUCGGACCACAUAUGGAUCGAUUCGAUCCCAUCUUUCUGGAGCAAUAUGGCGACCGCUGCGAGCCGGUCUGGCAGGCGUGCGUGGACUUCGCCCUGCCGCUGAGAAAUCGCAUGGAGCAUCGCUGCACAGUCACCGUAUUCUUUCUGCUGCUGCCUCAAGGUGCGUUUCCACUGAUCAUGCUUCUCGCAUCCAAACAUACUCUAAGAUGCUUUCGCGCAAGAGCCGAAAUUGACCUGCCUUUGGGGUUCGAUGGACGACACAUCAUGCGACUUGCUCCGCGCCACGGCUCUGCAGAGAUGUGGAGGCAGGAACAGACGCACUUUGUGAUGAGGGUUUUCAUGGCUAGCUGGGCUCACACGUUUUGGAUGAAUCCGCGGCACGACACCUCGCAAGAUCCCGUCCACGAGCCCCUGGUGAAUGUGGAUGUGAAGCUGGAUAGGCUCAAUCUCCGAGUCGACUACGGCGGCGAGGUCAUCGAGCAAGGAUACUUGGACUGUGUGGUCAUGGUCGUCACCGCCGUGUGA